GGUCAGAGACUGCCGACAUACUACAGGAAAUGGUCAGAGACUGCAGACAUACUGCAGGAGAUGGUCAGAGACUGCAGAUAUACUACAGGAGAUGGUCAGAGACUGCAGACAUACUACAGGAGAUGACCAGAGACUACAGACAUACUACAGGAGAUGGUCAGAGACUGCAGACAUACUACAGGAGAUGGUCAGAGAUUGCAGACAUACUACAGAAGAUGGUCAGAGACUGCAGACAGACUACAGGAGAUGGUCAGAGACUGCAGACAUACUACAGAAGAUGGUCAGAGACUACAGACAGACUACAGGAGGUGGUCAGAGACUGCAGAUAUACUACAGAAGAUGGUCAGAGACUACAGACAUACUACACGAGAUGGUCAGAG